GCUUCAUUCCUCACUGUCUGAAUCAAAAGCAUCACUUUUUGACACCUCUAGUUUUAUACUGACCCUGGGGGAGGUCCUGGUUUAUCCUCAAUUAAACGUAUUAUGUGGGAUUAUUUAGUCUAAAUAUCUAAGGCAAAGCAUUAGCUGUAGUACUGCUUUUUACUAGUCAGGUCCCUGAGAAAUUCCACCAGACCAGACCUUUAGAAUGUUUAAAUGACAAUGAAUAAUGUAUUCUGUGAGUAAAAUCAUCAUCCACUGUUAGAUUUGCUACUUAGUUUGAGCACAGGCAGGAAUAUAUUUGAAGACAGUGAAUGCUAAAGAAAAGAACAAAUUUUGGCACAUAAAAGUUUUCACAUGUGCUUUGGUAAUUAUGGAUACAUUGAGUAGACACAUCAGCAAGGGAGCCAUGAAGUGAGUCAGACCAACCAACUCAGACAUCACAUUUAAUUCUGUAACAAUACUACAGAAAGUUCAAUUGGAGCAGGCUUGCUGACCUCACAGGGAAACACACUAUUUAAGAUCAGGUUACCAGAUGUGCCAACAGAAUUUAGGCAGCUGCUAGCAGAGGUUACCCUGAGUGUUUUAACAGCGAGCAUUUACAGUCUAAUAGCUCAGACAGAAGAAAUGAUCGUGUUAAUUUUCUUUUUUGUCUUGCUGUGGAACGAGGCUCAAAGUUGGGGAUUCAAGAAUGGAGUACUGCAUAACUCUAUUUGGUUAGAGCGAGCAGCUGGAGUGUACCACAGGGAGGCCCGGUCUGGAAAAUAUCAGCUCACCUAUGCAGAAGCUAAAGCAGUGUGUGAAUAUGAAGGAGGACAACUAGCCACAUACCAGCAGCUGGAGGCAGCAAGAAAAAUAGGUUUCCAUGUGUGUGCAGCUGGUUGGAUGGCUAAGGGCAGAGUUGGUUAUCCCAUAGUGAAAGCUGGAUCCAGCUGUGGCUUUGGAAAAACUGGCAUUGUUGAUUAUGGGAUUCGCCUCAACAGAAGUGAGAGAUGGGAUGUCUAUUGCUACAACCCUCAUGCAAAAGAAUGUGGUGGAAUCUUCACAGAUGCAAAGCACAUCUUUAAGUCACCAGGCUACCCAAACGAGUAUGAAAAUAAACUAAUAUGCUACUGGCACAUUAGGCUAAAGUAUGGACAACGGAUUCAUCUACAGUUCCUGGAUUUUGAUAUUGAAGAUGACACUGCUUGCAUGGCUGAUUUCUUAGAAGUCUAUGAUAGCUAUGAUGAUAUCACUGGCUUUGUGGGCAGGUACUGUGGAGAUGAACUUCCAGAUGAUAUCAUCAGCACAGGAAAUCUCAUGACCUUAAAGUUUUUGUCAGAUGCCUCAGUGACAGCAGGUGGUUUUCAAAUUAAAUACGUUGCUGUAGACCCACCUUCAAAACCUAAUGAUGAGAAAAAUGCAACUUCCCAAGGAAACACAAACUUCUUGUCUGGAAAAUUUGGCAUUAUGUGAACAGACAGAUCAACAUCACAGAAAAUGCAGUUGGAAUAUAGUUAUUAAGUAGAAGUACCACUUGAGAUACCUGUUUUGUCCAAUAAGUUAUAGCUAUCAUACUAUAUUUGGGAUAGCCAGCAGCCACAGUCGCUUUUCAUCUUAUCCUUCUGACUUUUAUAAUUUCUGCUUUAUGUAACUUUUCUUAAUAAAGAAUACUGGGAAAUAAAUUAGGAAACUGUGCUUAAAUGAUAGACAAUUGUUUUCUAGAUCACAAGGAGUCAGUGAAACUAAGAACAUAAGAACGGACAUACUGAGUGAGACCAAUGGUCCAUCUAGUACAAACAGUGUCCAAUGCCAGGUGUUUCAGAGGUAAUGAACAGAACAGGUAAUCAUCAAGUGAUCCAUCCCCAGUC